CUGGAUGACCCCAGUCUCCUCCAUUUUGAUUCCUUCGUGAACAAUGAAUGGGUUACUGCUAGCGAUGGAGGUCGAUUUGAAGUUGUCGACCCCGGCACUGGUAAGCCCUGGGCCAGCUGCCCUACAAACACUGCAAAGGAUGUCCCUGGCGCUGUAGAGGCCGCCCAGGCUGCUUUUGAAAAGUUCAGAAAAGUGAACCCUCGUGCCCGAGCUCAGCUGCUCAUGAAAUGGGAUGGACUCAUCCGUGAAGCUCGAUCUGAUCUGGCAAAGAUCCUGACUCACGAAACUGGCAAGCCAAUUGCCGAGUCGCUGGGCGAGAUUGACUAUGCCCUCGGCUUUACAUGGUGGUUUGCCGGGGAAGCAGAGAGAAUACACGGCACUGUUGCUGUUCCUGCUGCACCAAAUCGAAGAGUUUUCACCAUCAAACAGCCCAUUGGCGUGGUUGCGGCGUUGGUGCCGUGGAAUUUCCCUGUUGCUAUGAUUCUUCGAAAAGCCGGCGCUGCCUUUGCUGCCGGAUGCAGCAUGAUUGUGAAGCCCAGCCCAGAGACACCCAUUACUACACUGGUGAUGGCACUGCUCGCUAAGCGGGCAGGUUACGAGCCAGGUAUCUUUAAUGUGCUGACCACUGACCUUGACAAUACCCCUUCGCUCAGUGAGGCUCUCUGCAAGCAUCCCCAUGUUAAAAAGGUCACAUUCACCGGCUCUACACGCGUGGGGAAGCUAGUUGCCGCUCAUUGCGCACAGGGGCUGAAGAAAGUCACCCUUGAGCUUGGAGGGAACUGUCCGUUUAUCGUCUUUGAUGACGCCGACCUCGACCAGGCGCUUACCCAGUUAAUGGCGCUGAAAUGGCGUCAUGCUGGGCAAGCAUGUAUCACAGCCAACAGAAUCUAUGUUCAAAGCGGAGUAUACGAUAAGUUUGCUCAGAUGUUCAAAGAACGAACCUCGGCGCUGGUCGUUGGCCAUGGUGCAAAGGACGGAACCACGAUGGGUCCAGUCACUACGCCGCGAGGCCUCGAUAAGGCAUUGAGCCAGGUGGAGGAUGCUAGAAAUCUUGGAGGCAACGUCAUAUUGGGUGGUAAGCCGAUGACUGGCUGUGAGGGUUACUUUUUUGAGCCAACUAUCAUCACAGACAUGAAGCCGGAGAUGCUUAUCUCGAGAGAAGAAACAUUUGCUCCCAUUGCAGCGUUGUACAAGUUUGAUACCGAAGAUGAAGCUGUCAAGUGGGCCAACGAUACAAGCAUGGGUCUCGCUAGCUAUGCCUUCACCAAGAAUGUUGACCGGGUCUGGAGAAUGCUGGAGAACCUGGAGGCUGGUAACUCAUCAGCCGCCGAAUCGCCUUUUGGUGGUAUAAAGGAGUCCGGGUACGGCAAAGAGAGCGGAAAAGAUGUUGCUGUCGCGGAAUUCAUGAUCACAAAGACGGGAACUCUCACCAUUGAUGGCCAAUACUGA